UAACUCUUCCCAGUCGGGAACACCCUUAGCCUCCCCUCCCCUCCACCUUUGUGGUUAUGGAGCUCCAAACCUGUCCUGGCCCUGCACCAGGAAGAGGUUGCUAAGGUAACCCAAGUCACUGGUGGUCCUUAUACCCCUACCCUGAUUGGUUACUAUGGCAACCUCACCUAGCACUCAGGUAGAAAGGACCCCAGCCCCAAGGACACUGCUGAGGGAAACAUCUCUCCCAAUCCCUCCGCCCAGCCACCCAGUUGGCAUUACCAUGGUAACCAUCCAUCUCCCCCUUUCCCAUCAGUGGGAGGUCUGUGGACCAAACCAACCAGGUGUUUUUAUUUAGAGGAGAUGCUCUGCUGAGGAGUAGUCGCUAUGGUUACAAGGCCCGCACCAUCCCCAGGGAGAUGCUUCAGGUGGUCCCUGAGCUUAUGAGAUUUCAAGAGAAACGAUUCCUUGACCUUCUCGUUGCCACUUUUUUAGGUAAAAUGAAAUUGUGCUCUAUUGUGUGAAAUUGGCUGAUUUGGGGUUUUCUGGUUUCUCCUUCCCUCAGCAGUGCAGCUGAGCUGGGCUGGAACUGCCCGCCUGGAGCUCCCUCAGCCUGCAACCUAGGAGGAUACCCGGGAAGCCCAGCUAAGGGCCUGACUUCAGCCCCAUGCGGCUCACCCGCUGCCAGGCUGCUCUGGCAGCCGCCAUCACCCUCAACCUCUUGGUCCUGUUCUAUGUCUCGUGGCUGCAGCACCAGCCCAGGUACUCCCCGGCCAGGGGCUCCCGCCGUGGAUCUGCCUCCGGCCCCCGGGUCACCAUCUUGGUGCGGGAGUUCGAGGCCUUUGACAACGCGGUGCCAGAGCUGGUGGACUCCUUCCUGCAGCAGGACCCAGCCCAGCCGGUGGUGGUGGCAGCCGAUACGCUCCCCUACCCGCCUCUCGCCCUGCCCCGCAUCCCCAGCGUUCGCCUGGCGCUGCUCCAGCCCGCCCUGGACCGGCCCGCUGCAGCCUCGCGCCCUGAGACCUACGUGGCCACCGAGUACGUGGCCCUGGUGCCUGACGGGGCGAGGGCCGAGGCACCGGGCCAGCUGAAGCGCAUGGCUGAGGUGCUGCGAGCGGGAGGCGCACGCCUGGUGGCCGCUCCCGUUGCUUCGGCCAACCCUGCCCGGUGCCUGGCCCUGAACGUCAGCCUGCGGGAGUGGACGGCGCGCUACGGCCCGGCACCCUCCGCACCCCGCUGCGACGCCCUGGACGGGGACGCCGUGGUUCUCCUGCGCGCCCGCGACCUCUUCAACCUCUCGGCGCCCCUGGCCCGGCCCGUGGGCACCGGCCUCUUCCUGCAGACCGCCCUCCGCGGCUGGACGGUGCAGCUGCUGGACCUGCCCUUCGCCAGGGCGCGCCAGCCCCCGCUGACCACGGCCCACGCGCGCUGGAAGGCGGAGCGCGAGGGGCGGGCGCGGCGGGCGGCGCUGCUGCGGGCGCUGGGCAUCCGCCUGGUGAGCUGGGAGGGCGGGCGGCUCGAGUGGUUCGGAUGCAACAAGGAGACCCCGCGCUGCUUCGGGACAGUGGUGGGCGACACGCCGGCCUACCUGUACGAGGAGCGCUGGACACCCCCGUGCUGCCUGCGUGCGCUGCGCGAGACGGCCCGCUACGUGGUGGGCGUGCUGGAGGCGGCCGGCGUGCGCUACUGGCUGGAGGGUGGCUCGCUGCUGGGGGCGGCCCGCCACGGGGACAUUAUCCCGUGGGACUACGACGUGGACCUGGGCAUCUACCUGGAGGACGUGGGCAACUGCGAGCAGCUGCGGGGUGCCGAGGCGGGCUCGGUGGUGGAUGAGCGCGGCUUCGUGUGGGAGAAGGCUGUGGAGGGCGACUUCUUCCGCGUGCAGUACAGCGAGAGCAACCACCUGCACGUGGACCUGUGGCCCUUCUACCCUCGAAACGGGGUCAUGACGAAGGACACGUGGCUGGACCACCGGCAGGAUGUCGAGUUCCCCGAACACUUCCUGCAGCCUCUCGUGCCCCUGCCCUUUGCCGGCUUCGUGGCGCAGGCACCUAACAACUACCGCCGCUUCCUGGAGCUCAAGUUCGGCCCCGGGGUCAUCGAGAACCCCGAAUACCCCAACCCAGCACUCCUGAGUUUGGCAGGAAGCAGCUGAAGCUCCAGCGCCUGAUCUUGGAGCACAUUCAGGCACAGGGCAUUCAUUGUCCUUUGUCUUGGUGCUGCUGGCGUUUGGUGGGCAAGCCAGGGAUGCCAAGCCACCUUGCUGGGCCCAGCACAGCCCGGGACCUCAAAGGCGUGCCCUGCCCCAAAUUUCCAGAACCGGGGCUCCAGGGCUGGGGCAGAGUUUUGGAAAGAGAGGGAGAAAGAGUGUAGGUUCUGGGGCCAGACUGCUGCGUCCCAAUUUCUCUGCGCCUCGGUUUCCUCCAGGAUUCAGUGUGUGCCUUCAGGGUCUAGCACACAAAGAGCCCCAGGACACUUGGCCGUUGGAGUUGCUUCUGCCACUAGAGGGCGCCCUCGUCCUACCUUGGGGGCCAAGGCGAAUGUAAGCCCGGGACCUCUGUUCCACGGCUUUCACGUCUCUUGAGCCUUUGGUCUUCCCUCUAGCCUCCUGUGCCUGGCAGGACAGGAUGACUAAAUCCCCUUCUUUCUGAAAACGACCUCCUUCCCUCCUGGGAGAGCGCUGUGAGGUGCAUGCUGCUCGUAACCCCAUCUUGCAGAGAAGCAAACAGGCUCUGAGGUGUGGCUGUGGUUAAGAACCGGGUUCUGGAUCCCGGCCCCCUCCAUUUAACUGUUACCUCAUUAUUUUAGCUCUCUGCACCUGUUAGCCACUCGCAAGGUGGGGUAAACAAUAAUCAUAGCUCACAUUUACUGAGCACUUAGUGUGUGUCAGGCAUCGUUCUCAGUAUUUCACACGGAGUAACUGGCUUAUCCCUCACCUUGCCCCUCUGAGGUGAGAGCUGCUGUUAUUUUGAUUUCACAGAUGAGGAAACAGGCCAGAAUGGUAAAGCCACUUGUCCAAAGUCAGACAGCUUGGGAAGUGUCAGAGAGGGGCCUUGAACCCAGGCUGUCCGUCUGUAGCCUGCAUUGCCGUUGCCUGCUAUGCCCCUCUCUGGUGAUAGUACCCCAGGGGGGCUUUGGGAAGCCACACGGCUUAGCAGGUAAAGCGACAGCAGCCUUCCUCUUGUGAUCGUGCACCUAAGAGGAAAUACUGUUUGGGCAUGUACCUCCAAUAGGUAGAUUUAUUUAUAACUUAUAUCCAGGUACUACUAGCAUUCUGUAUAUUAGUAAUAAGGCUUAAAUUAUUCCAUUUUAAAAUUAAAAAUAAAUAGAGAGGGUUUUGAUUACCAGCCUCAUCCCAGUGACUUGUCCCGCACACCCCUUGGGUGUAUGCACCUGGCUUUGAGACCACAGGCUCUGAAGUGGGAGAGGCCUGGGUUCAAAUCCAAGUGCUUCAAAUCCAAAUCCCACUGUGAACUUGGGCCACCAGUGACUCUGACUCUCUUCACCUUGGCUUUGCACCUGGGAAACAGGGCUAAUGGUGACCCUCGCCCCACAGGGGUGCUGUGAGGCACUUGGGUGGUAAAGGGGUCGGGAGUCAGGGCUGGGUGUGGCUCCUGGCUUGGCUACUUACUUUCUUUGUGACCUUAGGCAAGUCAUUGCUCCAUUGAAUGGGUGGCGGGGAUUGGUGAUAUUGCAGAAGCGUGAAGCCCUUGGAGGAGGGAGCUUCGCACACCAGCAAGAGAAGAUAAAUGCCGAUUUGGCCCAGACUCCUGAGGCUCAGACAUACGAAGCCUGACUUACAACGCAGCCUCUGUUUUUAACCACUGAACCUGCCAACGGCUCGCAGUCUGUUGGGUUCCCAGGGAGCAUUCUGGAAACAUAUGGGGAUGAUUUGGGUUAUUGCUGUGAUCGGACCGUGCUCUUGGCUGGUGGAAGGCACGGCCCAGGGAUGGAGAUGUCUUAUAAUAUAUGCAGGGCACCUCCACACAAUGAAGCAGGGUCCCUUGUCACAUACUAUUUUAAAAUGUCCCAUUGGGCAUUCAUGAAAGGCGGUGAUGUUCAAAAUAUUUUGCAACUGGCAUGGUAAUAUAAAUACAUAAAUCAAUAUCUGCAUCACAUCUUAAAAUAUUUUUUAAUUCUCAAAAUAAUCAAUAUUAGCUAUCUAUAUAUACAUAUUUCUUUAAGGUGUUGCCAAGAACGUAAGUUGAAGCUCAAAUCACUCGUAAAUUAUUGUAAUGGUUUUGUUUCAUUUAGAAAUUGUUGGUGUGAUUUCUUGAUUGGCACAGCUGUAUAUACGUAUAUACAUAAAAUAACAUGUUAUAUAUGUACAUAUGUAUAUUUAAAAUAACCUUGUCUUAGCUGUGGUUUGAUAAGGGAACCGCAUCAAAUGCUUUUAGCAACUUCCCAUUAAAUUGAGAAUCCUUAGGACUUGAGAUCUCAAUAGAUAAAGAAUUUCUCUUAGCAGCAACUGCAGUGUUUUGGUGUUUUUCUCCUCUCUUUGCUGUUCCUGAACUAACAGCAAUUAC